CGCUCACUGUGACGGACACACUUGGAUCGGCAGCACGCGAUUUCCUCACCCUCCCUCCCGGCGGCGGCGACGGAGCCUAAGAACCGGCGACGGCAACGGCGAGGAGACUCCUCGCGUCUGAACGGAAUACUUGGAUUUCUUGAGGCGGGCUGUUCUUGUCUUCUCUCACGCUCUGGCGUCGCGGCGUGGGUGAACGCGCGAGGAGAGGCGCCGAUAUGUUUGCGACGGCGGCGCGGUGGGCGGCGAAGAAGGGGAAGCCCAAGAUGGCGCCCAUCGAGCUCACGACGGCGCCGGAGCAGGCGCAGUCCAUCACACGCACCAUCUUCGACGUCGUCAAGGAGCACGGCCCCCUCACCAUCUCUGACGUCUGGGAGCACGUCAAGGACGUAGGGCUGAGGGGUUUGACAAGCAAGAGGCAGAUGAAGAUCAUGCUGCGGUGGAUGAGGGAGAAGCAGAAGCUCAGGCUCAUCUGCGACCAUGACGGGCCUCACAAGCAGUUCCUCUACACGACGUGGUUCACCAACCCCAAGAAUGCGCCGCAGAGGCCCAACAGGGAGCUCAACAGGGAGCAGCCCAAGCCAUGAACGCACUCAUCUUGACCGAUUUGAUAGCUAUAGUUAAGAACUAUAGACCCAGGAAAGGCACUGUCUUUGACAAGCGUAUUGAAGCCUGGAGUUAUUCCAAGAGAUGCAGCAGCUCAAUUGGUUUGAGGUCAGAAUCAUAGCGGUUGAUGCAGCCAAGGGAAAGAAGGGGAACAGGUGGCGCGGCUGAUGCUAGACCUCCAGUGCUCAGCAAAGAAAUGAAUAGUACAAUUGUGUCUGGAGCCAAUAUCCUGAAGGAGGAUUCUAAUCCAGAUUCUGAGUAGCCUGGCUGGUGGUGGGACCUGGUUGACAAGUGUCCGUACUCAGCGAGCUUCGGAGGAAACAUGCGAGGGCACUGUUUUGUGAAGACCUGAGUUGUUUCGUCAAGUUGGACAACUGGGAUUGCAUCAAGGAUAAGGAAACAAGCUCUCACUGCUAUGAACUAACUGGUCAGGACAGUCUCAUUCCAUCAUCAUGUCGCUUUUUCUUACAAGGUAUGUUAUUAUUAGUGCACGAACAUACUGGUUAUUUUCGAUAGGUAAUGAUGUACUAGUGACUUGGAGUAUUGAAGUUGCUUGGCUGCCUGAGUAUAAUGAAUUUUAGCCUAGGUCACCAUUGUUGUUUCUCAUGUUCUUGUUAAGAUGCAGUAGCUUAUGUAUCUUGCAGCAAAUGCUGUAACAUGUCUCUCAUAUUAUUCCAUAAUAGCAUAGGAGGAUCGUUACCUGAA